CGUCUCCGCCAGGCGAGGGCCGCGGCGCAGUUGCCGGGAACCUCUCCGGGGCGGCGGCGGCGUUUCCGGGGAGCCGGUUGGCGGGCGGACCCGGCUCCUGUGCGGGGCGGAAGUGGGCGGCUGCGGUCCGAGGGGAUCCGCGCUGCGGGCGGAAUCUGGCCGAGCUGGAGGGCGCCGGGGAGCGGAGCUCGGGCGGCCCCCGAGGCCCGGGCGAGCGGACAGCUGCGGGGCCUGCGGCGAGCGCGGCGGUGCCCGGGGAGCGCGGAGGAGAUGGGGCGCCGAGCCGGAUUGGGGCCGGGGCGUCGGCCAUGUUCGCGGGGCUGCAGGACCUGGGCGUGGCCAACGGCGAGGACCUGAAGGAGACGCUGACCAACUGCACCGAGCCGCUCAAAGCCAUCGAGCAGUUCCAGACAGAAAAUGGCGUGCUGCUGCCCUCCCUGCAGUCGGCCUUGCCCUUCUUGGACCUGCAUGGGACGCCCCGACUGGAAUUCCACCAGUCAGUGUUUGAUGAGCUUCGGGACAAGCUGCUGGAGCGCGUGUCAGCCAUUGCCACAGAGGGGAAGGCCGAGGAGAGGUACAAGAAACUCGAGGACCUUCUGGAGAAGAGCUUUUCUCUGGUGAAGAUGCCAUCUCUGCAGCCAGUGGUGAUGUGCGUCAUGAAACACUUGCCCAAGGUUCCUGAGAAGAAACUGAAGCUGGUGAUGGCCGACAAGGAGCUGUACCGGGCCUGCGCCGUGGAGGUGAAGCGGCAGAUCUGGCAGGACAACCAGGCGCUCUUUGGCGACGAGGUCUCCCCGCUGCUGAAACAGUACAUCGUGGAAAAGGAGAGCGCGCUCUUCAGCACGGAGCUCUCCGUCCUGCACAACUUCUUCAGCCCUUCCCCCAAGACCAGACGCCAGGGCGAGGUGGUGCAGAGGCUGACCCGGAUGGUGGGCCGCAACGUGAAGCUGUACGACAUGGUCCUGCAGUUCCUGCGCACGCUCUUCCUGCGCACCCGCAAUGUGCACUACUGCACGCUGCGCGCCGAGCUGCUCAUGUCCCUGCAUGACCUGGACGUCGGCGACAUCUGCUCCGUGGACCCCUGCCACAAGUUCACAUGGUGCCUGGACGCUUGCAUCCGAGAGCGCUUCGUGGACAGCAAGAGGGCCCGGGAGCUGCAGGGCUUCCUUGACGGAGUGAAGAAGGGGCAGGAGCAGGUCCUGGGGGACCUGUCCAUGAUCCUGUGUGAUCCCUUCGCCAUCAACACCUUGUCGCUGAGCACGGUCAGGCACCUGCAGGAGCUGGUGGGCCAGGAGCUGCUGCCCAGGGACAGCCCGGAUCUCCUCCUGCUGCUCCGGCUGCUGGCGCUGGGCCAGGGGGCAUGGGACAUGAUCGACAGCCAGGUCUUCAAGGAACCCAAGAUGGAGGUGGAGCUGGUCACCAGGUUCCUGCCCACGCUCAUGUCCUUUGUGGUGGACGACCACGCCUUCAACGUGGAUCAGAAGCUCCCGGCCGAGGAGAAGGCCCCGGUCUCGUACCCGAGCGCGCUGCCAGAGACUUUCACCAAGUUCCUGCAGGAGCAGCGCGUGGCCUGCGAGGUGGGGCUGUACUACGUGCUGCACAUCACCAAGCAGAGGAACAAGAACGCGCUCCUGCGCCUGCUCCCGGGUCUCGUGGAGACCUUCAGCGAUCUGGCGUUCGGGGACAUCUUCCUGCACCUGCUCACGGGCAACCUGGCGCUGUUGGCAGACGAGUUUGCCCUGGAGGACUUCUGCAGCAGCCUCUUCGACGGCUUUCUCCUCACCGCCUCCCCGAGGAAGGAGAAUGUGCAGCGGCACGUGCUGCGGCUCCUCCUCCACCUGCACCACCGGGUGGCCCCAUCCAAGCUGGAGGCCCUGCAGAAGGCGCUGGAGCCCACGGGCCAGAGUGGAGAGGCGGUGAAGGAGCUGUAUUCCCAGCUUGGUGAGAAGCUGGAGCAGCUGGACCGGAGGAAGCCCAGCCCGGCCCAGGCCACAGAGACCCCAGCCCUGGAGCUGCCCCUCCCCAGCGUGCCCGCCCCAGCUGUACUCUGAGGCUCCGCCUGGGGCUGCUCAGGGGUGGGCAGGGCCCCCGGUGGGGUCGUGGCCCUGGUUAGCCAGGGGAAGAGGCGUCUCUCCUGGAGGUGGACUGGCUGUUCUGGGACUGGGGGUGGGCUGAGCGGAGACCCCGGGGACCGUCCUGUGGGCAGGGCACCCGUGCUCUGCACCUCAGCCUCCCCUGGAACUUGGUCCUGGGAGGUGUGUGCCUCCUGUGUGAACGGGACCCGGCCGGCUCCCUGGAGCACAGGCCUGCUGCAGGCCUGCUGCCCCCCGCCUGGCCCCUCGCACUCCCACGCUGUGGAAAGCUGCUUGCUUGUUCCUCCUCGCGUGUGGGUUUCCACUGCUGUCAGGCAGACAGGCAGUAGUUGGCAUUAGGAAAAGGACACCCGUUUUCCAAGGGGUGGGGGGUGGGGGGUGGGGCAGGGUCCAAGGCCUGAGGGGAAGAGGGCGGGCCGGCAGGGUUGGCGCCUGAUUGGCAGAACCGCGGAGUUUGCUGGGGGCGGGGGUCUGCAGGUGGAGCCCAGCUCUCCAAGGAGCUCCUCCCCUGUUGACAGUCCCGAGUAGCACAUGGGGGAGGAAAGCCCAGGGUCCCCUGCUGCCUCGAUUUACCCUCCGAGCAGCGUCCUCGGCCAGGGGAGGGUCUGCUGCUGCUCAUAGUGAGACUUUCACUUUUGUAAAUAAAAGGCGUUUUGGUAAA